CAUGGGCACCAGGAGCACGCUGACCAGAGGCAGGCUUUUAUUUUGAAACGUCUCUGGAACAGCUCUCCACAGAAACACUUUUAUUUUGUAGAUUUAAUUUCAUAUUUAAAGAAAUAAAGAUGACCUGCUCAAGGAUCGUGAUAAUUAACCGACUGAUGCUCGGGGUCGUUGUGGCGAUGGGGAUGGUCCAGGUGGAGGCAGCACGGGUGGUGAGCGGUCAGACAGUGUGUGUGGGCGGGGCCGAGCGUCCCUGCUAUAAGAUGGCGUACUUCCAUGACGUGUCGAGCCGCGUCGCCUUCAGCGAGGCGCGUCAGGCCUGCGAGAUGGACAGAGGAGCGCUUCUCAGCAUCGAGAGCUCGACGGAACAGCGAGACAUCGAGCACCUGCUGCAGGAGCUGCGUUCAGGUGCGGUGGACAGGGCAGGAGGGGGCGGGGGCAUAGCUGACGGGGACUUCUGGAUCGGCCUGACUCGGGUGGAGGGAGUGGAUCAGACUCAGUCGGAGCUCAGCAAUGCCUUAACUUCCUGUCCGCAGCUCUACCAGUGGACCGACGGCAGCGUGGCCUCCUUCAGGAACUGGUACUUCGAUGAACCAUCCUGUGGAGGUGAGGCCUGCGUUGUCAUGUACCAUCAGCCAACUGCGCCUUCUGGUCUGGGCGGGGCUUAUCUCUACCAAUGGAACGACGACCGGUGCAACAUGAAACACAACUUCAUCUGCAAAUACAACCCAGAGAGCCAUCUGGUGAAUGACAUACCUGGUGGGCAGGAUACAGCAGUAACUGCAGGUGGAGGCGUGGCCACACAGCCUGCAAACAACGAAGACAUUCCACCUCAGGUCACCAUGGCCGGAGCUUCAGGUAUGCUGCUGCUGUAUGUCGUCAUCCCCACCAUCCCCCUGCUGCUGCUCAUCCUGGUGGCUUCUGCCACCUGCUGUUUUCAGAUGCUCAGCAGAAGUGAUUCCCGAACCAAGACGCCUGGCGACCAAUCAAAUCUGUGGAUUUCCGGGUCACCCAAAGCUGACAGCAUGGAGGUCUGACAUCACAGGACAGUGUCAGCAGGGCAGAGGGAGGACAUCACUCUACGGUCAAACCAAUCAAUCAUCUUCAUCGCAGGGUGUUUACGGACAGGCGGCAAUGUCAUCACAGAGACUUCUUCUUCUGUACUUCUUAUUCCAGUUUCCUUUCUCUCGUUUUAUCAACCGUCCCUUUGCUCUUCUUCAAUCUCCCCCACUUCCUCCUCGUUUCUUUUUUGCUCCCCUCUUCUUUGUCCUCCUUGAUUACUCCUUUUCUUCCCUCCCUGCUCCUCCUCUUGUUACUGUCAGCCAGAUGCUCCAUGUUUAAUUAAACGAGUAAAUUGGGUGAAGUUAAUGCGUCCCUCGGGAGGUGGAGUCACAGCAGAGGUGCGUUUGAUUUCACAGAGAGCUGAUGAAGCAGCUGCUCCACGGAGACGGGGGGUGUUAACAGACCAGUUAAUAACUGAGGAGAGUUAGAGGGUCGGAAAAGUUUUCAAGAAAAUAAAAUAAGGGUGGAGCUUGAAGCUGAAUGAGUCCCUCUGAGGAUCGCGUCCUCGGAUCACUGAUUGGUUAUUCAGACUUAUUCAGACACAGUUCAGAUGUGAGGGAUCAAAAACUAAUAAUACUCAUGUUUGUAAAAUGCUCUCUUCCUGAAUAUCAGCUCACCUGGAUCAGCCUCAGGCUCCGCACACGUUGUCCUCUGGCAGUUUUUAUGGUCAUGAUCGGGCAAGUGGCGUCCCGAGGCGUAACAACCGCUGUAACUCAGGUGUGGAGAUGAGUUUCAGGAGGGCCACCUAAUACUCUGCCUUAAGUCAAAACACACCUGAGCUGUGGAUCAGAAACACAGCUGUCAAUCAGUGUGACGGUGCUGCUGAGGAUGACGUAAUUGACUGAUCAACAGCUUCAGUUUAAAACACGAACACUCGUCAGAGCCCU